AUGGGUAUCUAUGAUGGUGUUGCAGGGAAUGCACCUGCCUUUCGGACAUUUAGAGAUGACAAGGCUACGGUUCUCAUGAGUUGGUGGUGUACAAUAUACUCAAUAGUAGUCAUUCUAGUUCGUGUAUUCGGCCGCUAUGUACGCACAGAAAAGUUCUACAGAGAAGACGCCCUCGUCACCCUAGGAAUAAUCCCCCUUUUAAUACGACAGGCGUUUGUACACGUCGUUCUUCUGUACGGAACAAACAACACCCAGUUUCUAUCGCCUCCAUCGGAUAGUGUUAUAUCCCGCCGCGAGUUGGGAAGCAAGCUCGUCCUUCUUGCGCGCAUAUUUUACGCUGCUUAUCUGUGGUCUCUGAAGUUCAGUACCAGUACCUUUCUGAAUCAACUGACGGCUAGCACGACCACCAACGGGAACCGACAUGAUCGAUCUUUUAAAUUGUUCAAUGGCUUAUUGGUAGCCACCUUUUUGGGCGUGGUGAUUAGCAUACUCGCUCCUUGUCAACCGUUUUCACAUCUUUGGCAAGUGACGCCAGAUCCGGGUGCUCAGUGCAGAAGUGGUUAUGCAUUUACUAUCACCAAUGGGGUCUUGAACGGUCUCACCAAUACUGCACUGGUUAUUUUCCCACUUCCCACAGUGUUAGCCUCUAGACUUGGAGUUUGGAAAAAACUAUCCAUAACCAUUCGUCUCGGUUUACCACUCCUCACAGUAGCCUUCACGAUCUAUCAAACAACCGCCAUAAUACAAACAUCUUCCCAUCCUAAUUCCGACCACCAAGCUCAUCGCAGUCUUCUCGCUUCGAUCGACAUCCUCUGGAGCACCUUCAUCGUUAACGCCGUAGUUCUCAUCUCCUUAACCCGUGACCGUGGCUUCAAAAAGAGCAAAUGGAAAUGGGAAGUUAUUGCCACGGGCGAAGAAGCAGGCGGCUCCGGGGGUCGACUUAGAAAAGUGCAGGUAGGCUGGGACGCCACACAAGGCGACUGGAAAAACGACGUCAAGAUCAUUGCGGGGCGAGACGUGGAUAAACUCGACAUCCAGUCGAAAAGCGGGAAGUGGAGUAAAAAUAGUCUGCAUUCGGAUGAUAAGAGUGAUGGGGAUGAGAGUAUUGAGCUGAGGGAUCUGGGGAAGGAGGACGAGGAGGGGAUUGUGAGGAUGGAGGGCGUGGAGAGGCCUGAGAGGGCGAGGUUGUUGGGCGAGAUUAGGGUCGCGAGACAGUGGGAGGUUAGUACUUCGAGGUGA